AUGAGGACGACGGUGUUGAGGCUGACGUGGACUGUGGUGGUGGUGGUGAGGAGUGUCGAGGCCGCCACCAUCCUGCAAGGCAGCGGGCAUCUUGCAAGAGGUGUCGAGCUAGACCAUCACCUUCAUCGUGUUGUAGUGAAGAGCAACAGCAAGGGCGAGACGAACGAUGUCCUCUGGGAAAGUAAAUCUGCAGAAGGUGGCAACGAAGACGCACAUAUAUGGAAGCCUUUGGAGUUGAAGCCUCCUGGGCAAGAGGGUGUGAAGGUAGACCUAGCCUUGGAGGAGAGGGAUCUGGAUGUGGAGGAGGGCGACGUGGAGGUGCAACCCCCGGAAGAGUUAAGAGACGCAAGAGGCGUGACAAAUACCAUCCGUCCAUGGCCCAACGCCAUUGUACCCUAUGUCAUCUGGGGCUCUAACAAAACAAAGGAGAUUGUGACCUCAGCGCUGCGCAACAUAGAGGACAACACCUGCGUCAAAUUUAAGAAGCGGGCAGGGGAGGCCAGGUACCUCCUCAUUAAGUCAGGGUCAGGUGGCUGCUGGACAUCUUCCCUCGGUUACCCUUCCUAUGAUAAGAAGGUGACCAUCAACCUGGGGAAGGGCUGCGUAAAACCAGGCAGAAUCAGGCACGAGAUCUUUCACUCACUCGGCUUCCCCCACGAACACGCACGACCAGACCGUGACCAAUAUAUUAUCAUCAAGUGGAACAACAUCAAGGACGGGGCGUCGUCACAGUUCAAGGUGGAUAAUCGCUUCCCCACACUGCAGGUGCCCUAUGACGUCAAGUCCAUCAUGCACUACGGGAAGUUCGCGUUUACCAAGGAUUCCUGGAAGCCAACCAUCGUGCCUGAUCCUUGGGUGGACGGCCCACUAGGGUCGAGCACUCUCUCCUGGAGGGACAAAAAGAAGGUUAACAUCUUCUACAAUUGUAACUAAAUAACAAACUAACUCCAACGAGACCUUCUACCACGAAGAGAACAAGAUUAUGGUUCAACUUUCUGCCAAGAGUAAUCGCUCCUCACAAGUUCAUCCUCAAGCACAAAAGUUAGUGUUGCAACAGCUACUAGUUCUCAGAAGUCUUACCACAAAUACAAGCAUAUUUAUCAGUGUUUUAAAUCAGCUGCUAACUGUCAGACGCCCUUCUACAGGUAAAAACAUAACAAUAAACAGUGUCUGUUACGACUGUCUUUAACAAAAGCUAGUGUAUCCCACAAGUACUACAGUUUAAGGCGAAGUGAAUUACAGGGAUACGAAGAUCACAGCAUCCAAUUCAUUUACAAUCACCUGUGGUCCUCUCAGUAUGAUUGUGGACAAGUUAGUUCACGUGAACCCCAAGUGGAAUCAGAUGUAGCUGAACCCUUACUGCAAACUUUGAGAUGCAAAAAAAUCACCUCAUGAUAACGUGCAUGUAGGAAUAUUCUGUCAUCUUGUGUAUAAAGGUUAUUAUUGGAGCUCUAAGGAACUUGUUUCUUGAUCACAUGAUGCCUUAAUAUUCGUCGUGAGUAGCAAGAUGUUAUGUUAUCAGGACUUUGAAUUUCUGAUGUUCGCAAGUUGAUUUUUCCUUAUAAAUUGGGAUGUACGAGUGCAUCUUACUGACAGACUUACAACUAAAACACAAACAAACAAACAAACAUCAAAUUGAGAUCCUGACGAGGUAGAUUUACGUUACAUAGAUUAAUAGAUAAUAUAUAUUCGAUAAAAUCACCAUACAAGUUCACAGUGAUUCAACAUGUACUGUACGCAGACAGUACAGCUAAACAAACAAUGAUAAACAGUAAGUCGAUUCUCCGAACAUCAACUUCAGAAUAAAAUAUUAUUAACCUUUAAAAUCUUUAUUUA